CUUCGUCGUCUAUACAUUGAGGCCGAAAGCACCGUGAGUUGAGUUUGAGAGGAAAAUACUACAAGUCGAAGAGAUUAUGGCGGCCAAUUUUAAGGUGUUGACGGAAGAUUCCCAAUUCCAGACGGAGUUGAAUCAGGCGGGGGGCAAGCUUGUGGUAGCUGAUUUCACUUCGGCCAGGUGCCUGUUUUACCUUGUCAUUUCCUUGAUAUGCUUCAUGCCUUCCACUGCUAUUAGGUCGCAACACAUCAAGAUUGUCAGCGAGGUUGUAUAUAUGUCUGGUGAUUUAGCUUCAAAUAAAGAACCAAUACAAGCUGUUUUGCAAGAGUGCAUGUGGUGUAGGUUUGCUCAAGUUUGUAGCAUGGAGGCUGUAGCAUUGUCUGACACUGCAACACUCUCUGCCACUGGGCAGAAUGGAGGUGCAAUCACUAACACCUUUGUGCCUUUGGUGCUCCAGAAAAGGCUAACAUAUGUUCCAGCAAGGCAGAGCUUGGAUCCUGACCAGGAUGAAUCUGACUUUGGCCUUACUCUGAAGAUUUUUCUCCUAAGAUAUUUUGUGCUCCAUAGUGCAGCACCAUUGCAGUGGCCUUUGCUUCUAUGCCAAAGUGCUGCACCAGUGUCAAUAGGGGCAUUGCUUUGCACCAAAUCCUUGUUCCCAAAAAUUUCCUACCUCAUGCUCUGCUCUGAAGAUAUGGGACCUCAGAAUCAUCCUGGUAUAAUAGUAUUUCCUUGGUCUAUAAUUUAUAUAAAAGCCAGCUUACAGGGUGCAGACCCAGAGACAUUAAAAGCCAGAGUGAGUCAGCACUACGGGGAUGGAGACAACGAGGAAAUGGAGGACUCAGGGGUUCCUGGCCAUAUUGACCUCCUCCCCAUGGUGAACAAAGCAGGCUGCGAGUGUCUCAACGAGAGUGAUGACCACCCCUUCACACAGGCACUCAACUCAGCUGGGGGUUACCUGGAGUCAGACACAGAUGAGCAGCUCAUCCUCUACCUCUCCUUUAACCAAGCGGUGAAACUACACAGUAUGAGAAUCAAGGCCCCAGCUGACUGUGGUCCAAAAACGAUAAAGGUUUUCAUCAAUCAGCCGCAUACCAUCGACUUCGACACUGCGGAGAGUGCCAAUCCCAUCCAGGAGAUAACGUUAUCUCCCAAGGACUUAGAAGGUGAAUUAAUUACUCUUAAAUAUGUAAAGCUGCAGAAUGUGAUGAAUUUCACCAUCUUCAUUAAAGACAACCAGACUGAAGCUGAAACAACUCAGAUAUCGUACCUGCAGAUUAUUGGUUCUCCUGUCCAGACAACCAAGAUGGCUGAUUUCAAGCGUGUAGCCGGCAAAAAGGGAGAAAGCCACUGAGAUCUUCCAGUCCAUUUUAGCAACAAGAAAUUUCAGGUCUCCAUAAUGAAUUUGUUUAGAGUAAGAUAUAUGAAACUGUUUGGCCAACUACAUGAAUGGAAAGAUUUUUAAAAAAUUCUUCUUGAAAUUUAAGAAUCAGAUCUAGAUAGUGAAAUUGUAAAAGUAUAAUCCAUUUUUAAAAAUUUUACAGAACUUUUGAUUUUGUGUUCAAGAAAUAAAACCAUAAAACAAACAGUAAACAUUGAUUUCUGUCUCAUGUACUUGGUUGGGAUGGCGGAGAGUUCUUGGGGGUGUAUAACACAAGGAAAGGGUUAGUGCCUAAUAAAUUUUUAAGAAUCAAAGAGGAAUUGUACCAUAGUGUGUCCAUGUGUGACUACAGAAAUCACCAGUUCACAAGGUUGUCUACUGUAUCCUUACAAGGCAUAUUCCCACUGAGCAGGUGCGUGAAUGACAUCUGUCAGUGUUUAGUGCAGCAGGGACUAAGAAAAACUGGAGUAUGUAUCCUAGGUUUUCAUUUUGUCACCCUUUUGUUCUCCUCCAACUUCUGUUGUAAGUCACAAGACUACUCAUUGCUCAUUUUGAUUUAAGUGCUUACUGGUGGUGUUAUAGUGGUUGAGGCAAGGAUGUUGAUGUGUGAUACAUUCAAAGACCAGAACAAAGGUAUUAAUUAAGGAAGAAAUAUGCACAUCACAAACCACAUGUGAUUGAGGAAUCAAGUAUUUAUCUUGGUAUAUCUUAAACCUUAAAGAUGAUUUAGGAACAGCAUUGAUGAAUUAUAAUUUGAUUGCAAGAAAAGUUUCCACCAAAUAGAACACCAAACACUUCAUGAUUUUACAUGCUGUAGUUGUGCAAAUUCCCCUACCCUUCCUCACUGUUGUGUUCCAGUUUGUUCAGCAAAGUUAAUAGGUCUCAAGAUUAUCAUCACCUUGGAAAUACAUCAUGGAUUGUUUUUCCGUUUUGUGGAAAUGAUGAAUUAUUUAUAUCAUAAAUUAAAUUCAGGCAAAUACAUCUUGCAGCAUCCAGCAUGCAUGCAAAAAGAGUCAAAAUAUGGGAAGGAAUAUUUAGCUUCUAAAUUCUGUAGAAUAGUGGUGAUUUGUGCAUGAUACACAAUGUUAUCAUAAUUCCAAAAUCCAUCUGCUUGAUUUAGGGUAAGAGAGACCGUGUUUACACCAGUCAAUCAUCGUCCAAGACUGUAAGUCUAAAUAUUAAUUUUUUAUUUUGCUACAGAUCAGUAGAGUGAGAGUAACUUGAGUUAAAUGCAUUCAUUCUUUUCAAUCUACACAGUUUAUAAGUGGUGGUUGAUACUCAGCAUAUUGCAAGAGAAGACUUGAUAUACACUAUGCAUCAACAAAAUAUCAAGAACCUAAUUUAAACACUAGUCCAAGAGUAUGUCAAAAGAUAAAUCAAGGACAACUGUACAAUUCCUGCAAUCAAGAGAAUAAAUGUCCUAGCUUUGAAUA